CUCUCUCCAAGUCGGACUCAACUGUACAUCAUGACAGACGUUCCAGUGACAUUCAGUCAGGUUGAGUGUAAUGGGGAUACACCCCCUGAAAACAGUCAACAAAAAAUCACUAAAAUCAUGGAAAAAGCCAGUGAUAUGGAUGGCACCCCACCAUACUGCAGGGUAGAAUCUAGUCUUGAAGAUGAACCCACAAAAGGAAAUCAGGAGAAAAGUGAAAAAUUACAAGAGAACAUACUGCUCAACUCGUCCAUGGAUGAGAAGAUUCUAAAAGAAAAACCAGAAGAGAAUCUCUAUAUUGCUCAUAAGGCUAUCACAGAUCUUUCUCUCCAAGAAACAAGUGUUGAUGAAAUGACAUUCAGAGAAGGACAUCAGUGGGAGAAGAUUCCUUUGAGCAGCAGUUACCAAGAACCAAGUAGACAAAAGGAAAGGAUUGCUGAACAACCUUUAGGAGAGAGAGAAGAUGAGGCUCUGAAGAACAAAACUCAACAUCAGGCAAUGGAAAUUGAAUGGUUAGGAUUUCGGAAACCGAGCCAAGCUGAUGUGUUACAUUCUAAGCAUGAUGAGGAGCAAGAGGUUUGGGAUGAAGAAAUUAAUAAUGAUGAUGAUGAUGAUUGCAAAGAUGAUGAAGAUGAAGUUCGAGUGAUAGAACUUAAGAAAAAAAAUGAAGAGGGUUCUCAGUUAAAAGAGGAAGGCGAUGCAGGUGAGGACUCCCCACUGAGCAGCCCCAGUUCCCAACCUGUCACACCUGAUGAGCAGCCAACCUUCGGGAAGAAGGGUGAUAUUUCCAGAAAUGCUUAUUCAAGAUACAAUACGAUAUCCUAUCGGAAAAUCAGAAAGGGGAACACCAAGCAGAGAAUUGAUGAAUUCGAGUCUAUGAUGCAUUUAUAA